AUGGACCCAGUCGUCACUGAUUUCGUACAAGAGUACAAAAAUAAAAAAUGGAUCUACGCGCGCAACGCAGCAGUGACCGCCAGAAUAUGCACCGAAAUACUACAGGCAGAGCGUGUACCAGGGGUUGUCACACACAGGACAAAAGACGCUUCCAGUCUGGAGCGCAAACUUCGUGAACGUCAGAGAUUGCGUGGUCGCGCCUAUCCGACGAAAGAAAGAAUCCACUGGGAGAUGGCAGACCUAGCAGGGGUUCGCAUCGUCGUAUAUCUCCCUCAAGAUCAUGAGCGCGUUGUACACGCGCUAAGUGAACGAUUCGAUCUCGAGUUGAAGAAGAGCUAUGGAGCAGUCGACACGACCAGUGUUGUUCGGAAACUCUCCUGGCACAUUCAGCGUCCAGGGUAUUGCGCCACCCAUUGUUGGGUAUUUCUGAAAGAGGACGAGCCACAGGCACGGGACGGACAAACCAGGAGGAGAGUAGAAAUACAGGUUGUUACCAUGCUGCGGCAUGCCUGGGCUCAGUUUGAACAUGACGCAGUUUAUAAGGCACAAUGCGCCAUGAAUCUCGAGGAUCGCCAGAUCCUGGAUUCAUUGAGCUGUGCCAUUGACCGCGGGGAGUGGAUCUUGAACUGCAUACCUGACAGCGGUGUCAGAAAUAUGUCGAGUGAUCUGCUGUUUGAGAUGGUGUAUGAGGUAGGAUGCCUGGUUGCAGAAAUAGCCAGAGAGGAAAGUCGAGCGCAGGGAACUGCAAAGCCCUUGCUGGAGUUCUUGCGACAUUUGAAGGAGGCGAAGCCCAAAGGCUUGUGCGGUUUAAUGGUAAAGGAACGUUUAUAG